AUGAGUCGCAGCAUCGUUCAGGUCUUCGAGGAGUACCAAAAGGCGCGCGUGCAGUUCGUCCAGACUGUCGCCGACCUGUCAUCUCGUCCACAGAACAUUGAGACUCUCCACAGCGCGGGUGUUAUGUCUCUGCUCAGGCCUUUGCUGCUGGAUAAUGUGCCUAGCAUCCAACAAACGGCUGCCCUUGCGUUGGGCCGGCUUGCCAGCCAUAGUGAGGAGUUAGCCGAGGCUGUGGUUACACAGGAAAUCCUACCUCAGCUCGCACACUCUGUCGCCCAGCAAAAUAGGUUUUACAAGCGUUCCGCAGCAUUCGUUAUUCGAGCUGUGUCGAAGCAUUCCGCUGAACUGGCGCAGGCUGUUGUAGACAGCGGCGCUCUUGAGGCUCUCACGACCUGUCUAGAGGAGUUUGACCCUCAAGUCAAAGAAUCAGCAGCAUGGGCUAUGGGAUACAUUGCUAGGCAUUCAGAGUCUCUGGCCCAGGCCGUCGUCGAUUCGGGGGCUGUGCCGCUCCUUGUACUCUGCUUCCAGGAGCCAGAGCUCCCCCUCAAAAGGAUCUCGGCGUCCGCUCUUAGUGACAUCGCCAAGCAUUCUCCCGAGUUGGCACAGGCUGUUUGCGACAUCGGUGCUGUUCCACUUCUAGCGAAGGAAAUCUCCCAUGUAGAUGCCGCCCUGAAGCGCCAGGUCUGUGCGUGCCUUGGGAAAAUUGCAACUCACUCGGUAGACCUGGCAGAGAUCGUGGUAGAGGCAGAAAUCUUCCCGAAAAUUCUUCACUGCCUCAAAGACCCCGAUGAAGUUGUCAGAAAAAAUGCGGCGACUUGCAUUCGGGAGAUCGUCCGACACACCCAAGACCUUGCCAAGUUCGUUGUGAACGCCGGUGGUGUUGCGGCACUCAUUGAUAAUAUCACCGAUGCUCGAGGAAACAACAGACUGCCUGGAAUCAUGGCUCUGGGUUAUAUUGCGGCAUUCUCGGAAACGCUUGCGCUGGCAAUCAUUGUUUCGAAGGGAAUCCCGCCUCUCAAGCAGGCUUUGGUAGAGGAGCCGGAAGACCACCUGAAGGCCGCAGCCGCCUGGACUUUAGGUCAAAUCGGACGUCACACUCCGGACCAUGCUAUGGCAGUUGCCGAAGCUGAUGUUCUCCGCAAGCUCUUGCGGAUACAUCUCGACCCCAAGGCCAGCGAUGACUUGCAGACGAAGACAAAAAGAGCGCUCAAGAGCAUUCUACAGAAGUGCACACACCUAGCUGCCUUGGAACCCCUUCUGAAUGAGGCUCCACCACCCAUUCUCAAAUACGUUGUCCAGCAGUACGCCAAGGUUUUGCCUAACGACGUCCAGGGAAGGCGUUCUUUCGUACAAUCUGGUGGUUUGGAGCAGCUUCUGCGUAUCAGGAACUCCGAAGCCGGGAGUAGCAUAGCAGACUACGUGGAAGAGAUCACAGAGCUCUAUCCCCGAGAAAUCGUGAAUUACUACUCUCCAGGCUACUCAGAAGGCCGGACAACUGCUCCGUUCCAUUGUGUAUUGAUCUCACCAUAGGGGCGCGGAUGGUGCAGUUGUUGUCUAAUUUAAACAGCCUUUCCAUAUCUACAGAAGCUACCCCCUUGUUCAACUCUGGUUUUGCCGCUGCAUGCACCCGAGAUGUAUGCCCCCUAACUGUCUACAGCCCUAUGAAAAAGGUGUCCUAGUGCACUUGUCCCAGCAGAGUCUACUCAAUGGGCUUCAUUUUCCAAAUCAGAGAUUCCGAAUUUUUCUCCGGCAUUCUGUUUUGGGCUGCCUCUCGUGUGAUUCACCAUGGGCGCUAGCCUCGGAAUGCGCGCUCAUUGUAACGUAAGAUUGAUGUUUCUCUUUUCCAACUGCAGCAAUGCUGCUUCAGAAGCUCGAUGAAAGCACCGCAGCUCCAGCAGCUGUUUCCUGAAGGAAUGUGCUUUUUUUCGCUCUUAUCGGCGCACCCACCCUAUUCGAAAACUUACAAGUCACAACUUUUCAUGGAUCGAGAUGCAGAUGUUUAUUCGGGACAAAGCAAGCCCCUCGCGAAUCCUCGAGGGUCCAUCUCGUCUGUUCUGACCAGCCUCUCAGCAUUUUCUUUCCCACUGACUUGCGGCCGGGCGAACGUUCCCAGUGUGCCGCGUGGCGAUUGGGAUGCUCUCUGUCUCCUUCGUGCACUACUUAGUGGUGAUGCAUUAACUGACAUUUGGGAGAUAUCUUUGAAGUUACCCGUUAUACAUGAUGCACCGACUGCCGAUUCCACCGCACAAAUCGUAUGAUUCCGUUCGGUUCGGCGACAAAACCGGUCUGUACAAAUCUACGUUUUACUCUGACCUAUCACCCUCAGGGGUGCCCCAAACAUGUGUUUUUCAC